CAAAAGAUAUCGAAAAAGCAUUGCUUGGAAUCUUAAAUUCAGCAAUUCAUCGAAAAUUUAAAACUAAUAGCAAAUUCGUUAAAGAUUAUCUUAGUUAUGUGACUAGAUUACAGUUGGCAAAAGAACCAGAGAAGUACAGAGAAUUACGUGAAAGACUUGAAAAAUUAUAUAAGCUUUAUUAUGAAUUAGCUCAGGAGGAAGAAAAAUAUGAAAUUUCUGAGAUAGAUACAAGCGAAAUUAUUAAGGGUCUUCUCAAAUUGUCUAUCGAAUAA